AUGGCGGUCAUGGCCGACAGGAUUCGAAGGAACAAAGCCAUCCACCAGUUGGGCCUGACCAACAACUGGCAAGGAGCUGUGUCAAUGUUGGGAAGCAUGAAGUCAAGCUCCAUGCAGCCUGAUGUCUUCAGCUUCAGCGCGCUGAAUUUCUGCCGCUGGGAUCAUGCCACGCUUCUGCUUCGAAGCAGCCCAUCACAGGUGACUUUCAAUGCCGCUGGUGGUGCCUGUGGCAGAGACAACGUUUGGCCCAUGGCAGCGCAGCUUUUUCAAGAGCUUGGUGAGGCCCUCCUGGAAGCGAGUGCCAUAAGUUUUGGCAUGGCGAUGGGAAGCGUUGGUGAACACCACUGGCGCCGAGCCUUCCAAGUUUUGCAGGAGCUGACAGCGACAUUGGAGCCCAACCAGAUUAUCAUGGGCAAAGCCGCCGCCUGCUGCGAGAUGCAUGGGUUGUGGAGAUUGGCCUUGGGUUUAUUGAAGGAGAUGGCUGACGUCCAGUUGAAGAUCAACCAAAUCAUUACCAGCACCGUGCUUUCCGUGCUGGAAAAAACCGGCAGUUGGUCCCAGGCCCUUGGACUUUUCCAACCGAAAGAGGCAGAUCUCAUCAGCUUCAGCGCAGCCAUCCGCACGGGCAACACGACUUCCAAGUGGAACUUGGCACAGACCUUUCUGCAACUUAUGCAGCAGCGAUCUUUGAAACCCAAUAUGGUGAGCUAUGGUGCAGCCAUCACUGCUUGUGAAAAAUCCUGCCAUUGGCCUGUAGCCUUGGCGAUUUUGUGGAGCAACAUGAAGUCGUUGGAGCGCAACGCCGUGAGUUUCAAUGCAGCGAUCAGCGCCUGUGAGAAAGCAGGGGAAUGGCAACUUGCUUUGGCUUUGCUUGACAUUAUGCUGGCCAAGAAACUGGCUGACAAGACAUCCUUCAAUGCUGCCAUCAGCGCUGCCGAAAAAGCUCGGCAGUGGCAGAUUGCUCUGGCACUCUUGGGAGAUUUCGAGCCCGACACCAUCAGCUUCAAUGCCAGCAUCAGUGCCUGUGAGAAGUGCAGCCAAUGGACCAUCUCCUUAGAUCUUUUGAGCCUCGGAUCGAGCCAAGUCCUUCGACCCACGGAGGUAAGCUUCAGUGCGGCUAUCAGUGCAUGUGAGAAGGGGGGCAACUGGCCGUUUGCCUUGUUCCUCCUGAAUCGGAUGCCGGAAGUGCAUCUUUCGCCGAAUGAAUUCAGUUACAGCGCCGUUGUCACUGCCUGUGGGGCUGCCUGGUGGCAAGCUGUUUGUUUGUUGCACCAGAUGCGUAGAGAUGAGGUCGAGCCAGGUGGCGAGUUUCUGGUGUGCCUGGCACGUGCCUGCGAAGCACUGCCGCUGCAAAGUCUGAAGAGUUUAGCGGAUUUGGAGCAUUGGACUCAGGAGUUUUGCAUGGCAGCUGCAGGUGAUGAUUUUCCAAGCAGCGGCCGGAAAACAAUGGCAAACAGCCUGCAACCAGCAUGCCAAGAUGCCAAGAUUGCGAUGUCGCACUAG